AUGGUGUUCGUCAGAAAAGCAACCCACGCCGGUAGUUGGUACACAAAUUCAGGAUGUGACUUAAAUAAGCAACUUGGAGAUUGGCUAAGUGCUGCAGAUUUAUCACACGGACCAGCUAGAGCUAUUAUUGCUCCUCAUGCUGGUUACAGCUACUGUGGAGGAUGUGCAGGCUUUGCUUAUCGACAAAUAAGUCCUGUUGUAGUCCGUAGGAUUUUUAUUCUUGGUCCUUCUCAUCAUGUAAGAUUACCUGGAUGUGCUUUAUCGUCAGCUUCUACAUACAUAACUCCUCUAUACGAUUUGACUAUAGAUCAAGAAGUGUGCCGUGAAUUGAAAGAAACUGAUGAGUUUGAACUGAUGAAUAUGAAUACUGAUGAAGGUGAACAUAGUAUUGAAAUGCAAUUACCAUUCAUUGCUAAAGUUAUGGAAGACUUUAAAGAUGGAUUCACUAUAAUACCUAUUUUGGUUGGCUCAAUGAGUCCAGAGAAAGAAGCUAUUUAUGGAAAGUUGUUAGCACCUUAUUUAGCUGAUCCACAAAACUUAUUUGUCAUUUCAUCAGAUUUUUGCCAUUGGGGUCAACGAUUUAGAUAUACUUAUUAUGAUCGUUCAAGUGGUCCAAUUUAUCGAUCAAUUCAAGCCCUUGAUAAAAUGGGGAUGGAUAUUAUUGAAACACUGAAUCCAGCUUCAUUUACGGAGUAUCUUAGAAAAUAUGGUAACACAAUAUGUGGACGACAUCCUAUCGGAAUAUUAUUACAGGCGAUUCAAAGCUUCAAGGAGAACUGCAAUGGACAAAGAAUGAAUUUAAAAUUCUUAAAGUAUGCUCAAAGUAGCCAAUGCAUUAACAUGAGUGACAGCUCAGUUAGUUAUGCGAGUGCUUCCCUAGUACUUGAGUGACGUUUGCGACGAUCUCUUUAAAAAAUACACCUAUGCUUAAGUGCAAUGUGACAUAAAUUAAAUGGGAAUUCAACAGAAUGUAAUUUAAGAAGCAACUGAUCGAUAAAAAGUUGAUGGAUUAUUAUUAGUAUGGUUCGCUUUGGAAUUAAUUCGCUUCUUAUUACUAAAUGCAAAUAGACUUAUACCGUAAACAUUACAUAUGAUUUAAAAUACAUUAGAAAAAGUUUAAUUUUUUGAUGACCUAGUGAUUACUGCAUAAGUUAAUCUUAAUGGUGAAACUUAAAUGUUUGUAUCUAUUUUUUCAGUAAACUUUUUUGUCACUUUACAUUGUCAUCAAUCAAUUACCUUUAUCAAUUGAACUUGAUGAUCAAGUCGAUGAUAAUGAAAAGAAAGAAAAAUGAAAAUACGUAAAUAAAAAUAUAUUUUUAUCUCA